GUCCGCGGUCCACAAAAUUUCCGACUUCACCUCACCUCACGUCUUACAACGUCCGGUCUCAGGUCUCACAACUCCGAUCCGGUCCGGCAGUUUGAGGCAACACCCUCCAGGAAUGAGCCACUGAGCUCAUUACAACACCACCACUUCAACCCACCAAGCACCACGGAGGUCCCUCUCACUCACCAUGACCGGCGCCAACACCAUCGCCGCCGCCCUCGAGCGCCACGCCACCACCGUCACCCGCCUCUCCAGCCAAAUCUCCUCCUUCUACGCCUCCCGCCUGCCCUACCGCAUCUUCCACGGAUCCACCAACUCGACGCGCCCGCCCACGCAAAAAGGCAACACCAAAUUCGUCGACAUUUCUUCUCUGAACAAUGUCCUGUCGGUCGACCGUCAGACCAAAACCGCGCUGGUAGAGCCCAACGUGCCGAUGGAUAAGCUGGUGGAGGCCACGUUGCCGCAUGGCUUGGUCCCGCCGAUUGUCAUGGAGUUCCCAGGUAUCACGGCCGGAGGAGGGUUUGCGGGUACCGCGGGGGAGUCUAGUUCGUUCAGACAUGGGUUUUUUGAUGAUACCGUUAGGGAGGUGGAGAUGGUUCUGGGCAAUGGGGAGGUUGUCAAGGUGAGGAAUCCGGAGAUUGCGGCCAAGUCCGAGGGGGUGACUGGGGAGGUGGAAAAGGGGGAUCUAUUCCGUGGAGCGGCCGGCGCUGUCGGUACCUUGGGAACAACGACGCUCCUGGAGGUCCAACUGAUGGAAGCCAAAAAAUUCGUCAAAACCGAGUACAAGCGCGCCAGCAGCGUCGCCGAAGCAAUCCGCAUGGUCCGCGAAGAGACCCAGCGCGGGGACAACGACUACGUAGACGGCAUCCUCUUCAGCAAAGACCACGGCGUGGUGGUAACCGGCAAACUGGUCAACGAGCUCCCCUCCGACGUCCCGACGACCAAACCUCAAACCUUCAGCGGCGCCUGGGACCCCUGGUUCUACCUACACUGCCAAGAAAAGACUCUCUCUUCCCAAACCGCGACCGACUACGUCCCCCUAGCCGAGUACCUCUUCCGCUACGACCGGGGCGGCUUCUGGGUCGGCGCCGCGGCCUUCCAGUACUUCAGCUGGGUGCCCUUCACGCGCCUCACGCGCUGGUUCCUAGACGACUUCUUGCACACGCGCAUGAUGUACCGCGCCUUGCACGGGUCUGGCGAGUCGGCGCGGUUCGUGGUGCAGGACAUCGCCAUGCCGUUUGAGACGUCGGAGGAGUUCAUCGAUUACACGUCCUCCUCCCUCGGAAUCUGGCCGCUGUGGCUUUGUCCGUUGAAGCGGAGGGCGCCGCCUACGUUCCACCCGCAUACCACACGCCCUGGCACUGACCCUGCCGAUGAAAAGGCACAGGACGACAUGAUGCUCAACAUCGGCGUCUGGGGCUGGGGCCCGGACAAGCCGGCGGAGUUUGUGGCGAAGAAUAUCGAGUUGGAGAAUAAGGUGCACGAGUUGGGUGGUAUGAAGUGGUUUUAUGCGCAUACGUAUUACGAGCAGGAAAAGUUCUGGAAGAUGUACGGUGGACGGGAGUGGUAUGAUCAGCUGAGGAAGAAGUACAAUGCUGAGACGCUGCCGACGGUGUGGGAUAAGAUUCAUGUGGAUGCGGAUAAGGCGGGUAAGAAGCAGAGGCAUUGGUUGUUGGCUAAGAAGCCUAUUGGUGGGUUCUAUGGUAUUUGGAAGAGCAUUCAGAGCAAGGAUUACUUCUUGCAUAGGAAGGCGGAGUGGAAGUGGAAGGGGGAGUAGUCUGGGUUGUGCGUGUUACUGGCUGUAAGAGUUAUUUGUGUUUGUUUGUAUAGAUGUAGAUGAUGUGGUGGAAAAGUAAAUACCCCUUUUUAGAAUUGUACAAAAGUUUGUCAACGA